AAUGAUUGCUUUGAGCGGCCUCAGAAUUUGCCGCACUUUCGUCUGGUCAUGGAAGUCACAAGAAAGAAUUUUUCAUCUGUCCUUCCUGAAGUGGAGAAGGCUAUCAACGAAGCUGAUUUUCUCUGUGUUGACACAGAAUUUUCAGGUCUUCAUGCAUCCAGUUCUUUUCACAUUUCAUCACUUGAUACACCAGAGGAAAGAUACCACAAACUGAGAAAAGGAUCCUCUGAUUUUUUGGUGUUUCAAGUGGGGCUUUGUACAUUUUGUUAUAAUGAAGAAGAUAAAAAAUAUGAAGCAAAACCAUUCAACUUUUAUGUUUUCCCAAAGCCAUAUUCAAGGGCAGCACCAGAUUGCAGAUUUUUGUGUCAGAGUUCAAGCAUUGAUUUCCUUGCAUCUCAGGGUUUUGACUUUAACAAAGUUUUUAAAGAAGGUAUACCCUUUAUAACUUCUACACAAGAGAGUGAGUUGAGAGAUUUGAUGGAGGAGAGACAUAAACAGUACAAGCAGUUUUCCUCGCCGGCCUUUGUGACCCCUGACAGUGGGGCAGAAGCGGUCACAACAAAAGGACCCAUAAAUGUACCAGAGGAACACAAGGAUUUCAUCGAAGGCAUUUGCAAGAGUGUUGAAGAGUUUUUGGAAAAGGAUGGAGAAGAAAAUCUGUCACUACCACCAUGUAAUGGAUUUGUAAGAAAGCUCAUAUACCAGACAGUCAGGCAAAGGUUUCAGUCGGGGGUUCACCUGGGCGCCAAGACAGAUGAGAAGAAACAGAGGUAUAUCCAGGUCACCCGCAUCAAAACAGAGGACGAAAUGAAAAUGAAAGAACAGGAAAAACAGUCUGCAGAACUGGCUGAGCUGGAAGAAGCUGUAGGAUUCACUAAAGUCAUUAGGUUGAUAUCUCAAAGUGGAAAGUUGAUGGUGGGCCAUAACAUGUUUAUGGAUCUGGUGCACCUGCUGAAUAGGUUCUGUUCCCAGCUCCCGGAGAAUUACCAAGAAUUCAAGGCAAUGGCAAAAUGUGUUUUUCCCAAAAUUCUAGAUACAAAGCUUAUGGCAAAUACAGCACCAUGUAAGGACUUGCUGCCUAGCUCAGUUUUGGGAGAUCUCUUAAACCACAUAAAUUGUAAACCAUUUAAACCUCCAGAGAUUGUAAUUCCUGAGAACUUCCCUCAGUACAAAUUAGACGACAGCAAUCUACAUGAAGCAGCAUACGACGCUUACAUCACAGGAAUAUGUUUCACAGCAAUGUCUAAUUUUCUAGGAGGUCUUCAGAAUCCACCUUUACCUAAUGUGUUACCUGAUGCUACGAUUAUAAAACCCUUCACAAAUAAGCUAUUCCUAAUGAGGAUAUCAGAUAUUCCUUAUUUAGAUCUGGCAGGAGAUGAUGUUCUUCCGAGCAGGGAUCAUGUAUUUCAUGUCACAUUUCCAAAGGAAUGGAAAGCACCAGAUCUUUAUCAGCUCUUCUCUCCCUUUGGGAAUGUAUAUAUCACAUGGUUAGAUGAUGUAUCUGCUUUUGUGUCACUGUAUAAGAAAGACCAAUCAGCUACAGUCAUGUCCACUCUGUGCAAGAGAGAUACUCGCUACAAAAUCAUGACAUAUGAAUUGUUCAAAAAUGGACUACCAGACAAAGAAUCGAGGAAACGCCCACAUUCGGCAGAAUCCAUGGAAGAGGAGCCAAAGAAGAAAAAGCCCCUAAAUGUGGAUGCUCCAGUUUUUGUCUCUCGGUCAAGGUCAAUUACACCACCAAUGCCUGAAGAGAGUGAAAACAAAGAAGAGGAACCAGACAGCACAAGUGAACAAUCAAGUGAACAGAAACUGUUUGAAGUGCCAGCAUGGUGACACAUGAUGGAGAUGUGAUUAAGUGUUAAUUUUGACAGGAUCUCAUUGAAAAUCCCACUUAUAUAAAGCUGCACUUAGCUGCUCACUCAUGCAAGUUGUCACCAACUGCUUGCAGAAAUAAAAAGAAUAUACAGAUCGUCAUCAACCAGGAAAAAGUUAUACUUUGGUUGAGAUAAAACUGUGAUGAAAAUGCUUAUACAUGUGGUUGUUUUAAAAAAAGUGCUGUGAAUAGUUUAGACAUUUAAUACAAUUAUAUAAACAUUAAAGUUCAAUAGAAAGGAACAGUAAAUUAAGUCUUUCAAUAAUAUGAGAAAUUUUGUAAUUUGUAUCUUUGUAACAGAUAAAAGAAGAACAUGCACAUUUGAUAGAAAACAUUUAUCAAAUAAAUUUAACUCUGACUGAA